CUUAAACGUAUAAACAUUUUAUAUAUCCCAAAAAUAAGAAGUAGAACCUAAAAAAAAAAAACAAACACAUUUUGUCUUAUAACCAUGACGACUAAAAGAACAAGGUUCGAUAAAAUGAACCUGGGAGUACCCGUUCACUCGGACCCCUAUGAAGUGGAAAAUGAAUCGGCCUCGUCAAUAAAAAGAGAAACCGGCGAGAAGGUCAUGUCUCAUAAGGAGCUAAUGGAAAAACUGCAUAAGGAGGUGAAGCUCACGACGCCGGACUUCUUCGCCCAUGAUCCAUCCUGCAGCUCGGACGACUCCGAAGAUUUCGAAUUCCUGGAGACUAUCAAAGAGCGAGCCAGACGCAUAUCCUUCGUACGACGCCGAAAGCUGCACUACACUGAGUUCUCAACGGUCGAGUUGGCCAGGCGUCUGAUCCGCGAGGAGUUCACAGAGUCAUCGGAGAGUCAACUAAGCGUGGAUGAUGAACAUAUCUCCGAGAUCGCCGAAGAGGAGUGUCCGCCCUGCGGCACAGACUCCGACGACUUACUUCCGUACUUCCAAUACGAUCGGGCUACAGACCAAUCGAUGAUUUCCGACGACAGUCUGCCAAAGGAGGAUCCCGAGCCCGGAUUCCAUCCCGCCCAUCAUUGCUAUAAUAAGCUUAUAAGCCAGACUCCUGAUCCGCCGAUAGUGUACGUUCCCGCGGAACCAGAACCGCAACCGGAACCGCAACCGGAACCGCCAGUGGAACCGCGACCGGAACCGGAACCAGAACCAGAACCGGAAACAGUACUACCACCAACUGCUCCGGAAGUCAUUGAUAAAACAGCUCCAGAAGAAGAAAAACACACUAGGGUCCUUGACCGUGGCGAAAAUAUUGACCUAAAGAAUUUGAGCGCCAUACAGAAAAACAUAAGUUCGAGUGUGAAAAAACAUACUGGUCAAAAAACGCGAAAUUUAUAAACUUAAAUUGAUUGAUGCAAUUGAUGUAUAUGGGAUCCCAUUUCUCAUUGUGCAUUAGAUUAGUGUUGCCUAAAUUAAGAAAAUGUUUCGUUGGCUGGAAAUCAAAAUCCAAUCCGUAUAGCCCAAAUGCUGCGAAUGUUUUUACUUCAUAUUCCAGAAGUUAUAUAAGGCUUUAUUUUAAUCGUAAAGUCAAAUAAACCCAUAUUCGUAAAUGCAUACAAGCUAAUGUAGACACCAAAUAACCGUAAUCGCCUCUGAUCUCAAAUGACUCCAUCAACGCUCUCUUUCCCCAGCGCAGCUUUAAAAAUAUAGUUUUCUCGACCCGGAGACCGCACAAUUAUUUGGGCCAUAAAGGACAAAACCCGCACUAGCGCACACAUGAAGGGACGGAGGACAUUCAAAGGGAUAACUAAGUGUGCACGAUAAUGACGCCUAACGGGUUCCAUUCUUCUCCUUGCUUUUUUUUGCGUGGGUGGAUACUAGGAAGAUGAGACAAUAAGGAGCUAGAAGGACAAUGUGCUGAAAUUAUUUCAAAAGUCUUUGUGUGCGAUGAAAUUCCGUAAAAUACAGCCAUUUUGUAUUGGCCUUUUAAUUUAAU